GUGCUGAAGUAUCACGCAACUACGUUGAGACAAAUCUUGCCAAUUCAUCAUUGAAGACUGCAACAAAAUGGCUAGUGAAGAAAUCGCAAAGAAAACCUGGAAAAUCAAGGUACAGUGGUGGGAUAAUCAGAACAUGUACAUCCUAUGCCCGUGGUGCAACGAGAUCCAUCGCCACGGCUUCAAUGGGAACUAUUCCCAACGCCAUCGACGUGCCCCUCAUUGUGAUCCAGUCCGCAACGGAAACAGAAAAUUCCAAUACCUUAAGUACUACCUUGAUUACGAGAUACAAUUCCCAGUGUUGCCAGCGGAUACCUUCGAGAUUGACAAGGAUAAUCUUCGGUUCGUAGCUGGUGGAGCUCGUGUGCCCGAUGACGAUGAAGAUGAUGUCCCGGAGGACAAGGCAGACCACUUGAGGGCUGCCUUUAGGGAGUCGAUCGAGAAGAAGCAAAAGUGGACAGAGGCAAUAGAGACCGUGAUCAUAUCUGAAGAUUUCCCGACCAGAAAGAUAGUCUAUGUAGAAAGCGAGAUGGCGUUUGGCAACGUCAGGUAUGUUCGCGAGUACCUUGAGUCCUCCUCAGAGGCCGACAUAUUCCUACACGGCGUCAAAUCAUGGGAGGGGCCUCAGUACGAUGCGUCUGAUAAUGAAAGCGAAGAAAUAAGCACGAGGAAUAACGUGGUGGUGACAUUAGGAGAGACCGCAUUACAUAUGGCCGCACGCGACCCAUCGUCUGAAAUGGUUCAACUUCUUCUCUCGAAGGGUGCCGAUGCGAACGCUACGGACUGUGAUGGUCGAACUGCUCUCAUGGAGGCAGCACUGUGGGGUCGGCUGGAAAACGUUGGCAUCCUGUUAAAGUACGGGGCUGACAAGUCCAUGAAAUGCAUCGAUGGCAGGCAACUUCGUUGCGCUGCUAAUUUUGCAAAGCCGCUGGAGCAGAAUGUAGAGGCGCGAAGGAUGCACGCCGGUAUCUCUCUGGAAGAUACGUAUGCAAGGGAUAAGGAUCGCGAAGACAUUGUCCUCCUUCUUGAAGAUGUGGCAGACGAGCCAGGUCCCUACCAGCUAGACGUAUUUUUCUAUCAACGCUCGCCCAAGGACCGCACAACACUCUCCCUAACGACUCACUAUAGUCUUCCCACAGAGUGGAAGACAGUUGCGUGUUUGAUCCGCGGUGGAGGGCUUCCGGAAAUUGCUGCCAUGAGCGGUUGGUCGCAUGAACAAAGCGAAGACAUCCGUGUCUCUGGCCAAGACUGGACAGCGAAGGUACUCCGCCUGUGUAAACAGGUUGGAUUUGACCUAGAACCUGAUAAGUACCGUGACAAAGGCGUACCGGGGCAAUACAAUGCUUGGCACGCAGAGAAACAGCUAAUCACGUACUUUGUCCACAAGCACCUAUUCUUAGAAUUGCUUAUCCCCGAGGAGCCGGAAGUUGAGUCAUUGUUCUCGAAGCUCACUCUGGGGCAAUGCAAGACGAAGCUUGUGGAUCUACGGAAAGAGUCUCUGAAACAUUCCUUGAAGGAGGCCAAGAUAGUUGUCAGCAGGCCUCAAUGCUACGACUGUAAACGCUUUGUGGAAAAAGUGAAUUUUAAACUUGGGCUGGAUUUGCGGCUAUACCAUCGUUGCUUGGAGUCGACAUGCAAUGUAUGUCCGAACUAGACGCUUAACUAAAACGCAGCAUGGUUUAUAAACGGAAAUGUUUCAGGAAACCGGUUGCCAACAAUAGUAACUAGGCCAUCACAUAUUUUUCUAAUGUCAUAAUCUCUAUGAAUGCAUUCGAAGUCUUCUUUGUGCUGUCUUGGUUUUAUAGUCAAAGCAUGUUCGAAGCUUUUCAAUCUUCAACAGGCGGAAGCUGAAAACAAUCCAUGCCAAUAUUGUAAUAAAGGCUGUAAAAGGCUUGGAAUAUAA